AUGUAUUAUUCAGAGGAGCUAAACUUGCCAAAGACAGACUCGUCUAGAUGGAGAUUAAGAACAGAUCCUAUAGGCAGAGAAACAUGGCAUUACCUAGUACCAGAGGAGAAAGAGAAAGAACCACAGUCAACAUAUGUGCAAUGGCUUUUAAAAUCUCCCGAUUUUAUACCCCCGCCAGAAACGACAAUCGAAACACCCACGGAAGCAUUGAAAAAGGGUGCUGACUUUCUUCAACUUUUACAAUUGGAAAACGGAAUAUUUCCCUGCCAAUACAAGGGACCUAUGUUUAUGACAAUCGGAUAUGUUGCAGCAAAUUAUUUUUGCAAGAACCCAAUCCCCGAACCAUACAAAUUGGAGAUGAUAAGGUACAUUGUCAACACCGCAAACCCGGUGGAUGGUGGAUGGGGUUUACAUUCAGUUGAUAAGUCUACCUGUUUUGGAACAACAAUGAACUAUUUGUGUCUUCGGUUGUUGGGAUUAGCCCCAGAUCAUCCAGUCAUGGUUAAAGCUAGAAAAACAUUGCACCGCUUGGGUGGGGCGAUCAGAAACCCACACUGGGGUAAAGCAUGGUUGGCAGUAUUGAAUUUAUACGAUUGGGAAGGAGUCAACCCAGCCCCACCCGAGCUAUGGACCUUACCUUAUAGUAUACCAAUUCAUCCUGGAAGGUGGUGGGUACACACAAGAGCGAUAUAUUUACCUUUAGGUUAUUUACUGGCUAAUAAGGUGACAUGUAAGCUAGACCCAACAUUGGAGGAAAUAAGGAAUGAAAUUUAUUUGCCCAAUCAGUUGCCGUAUGAAUCAAUUGAUUUUGGAGCAAACAGAAACAAUGUUUGUGGUGUGGAUUUGUACUACCCCCACACUAAAGUCCUCGAUUGUGCCAAUUUUGUCUUGAGCAAAUGGGAAAAAAUCCGGCCCAGGUGGUUGUUGAAUUGGGUCAAUGCAAAAGUCUAUGAUUUGAUAGAGAAGGAGUAUCAAAAUACUGAUUAUUUGUGUAUUGCACCUGUCAGUUUCGCCAUGAACAUGGUGGUUACUUACCACCGAGAGGGCCCCAAGUCCAAAAACUUACUUGGAUUGCAACGUAGGAUGAAUGAUGUGUUAUUCCAUGGCCCUCAAGGUAUGACCGUGAUGGGAACAAACGGGGUUCAAGUUUGGGAUGCUGCAUUUAUGGUUCAGUACUUCUUCAUGUCUGGAUUGGUGGAUGACGAAAGGUACCACGACAUGAUUAGAAAGUCUUACCUUUUCUUGGUUAGAUCUCAAUUUACCGAAAAUUGCCUUAGUGGCAGCUUUAGAGACAGAAGAAAAGGAGCUUGGCCCUUCAGUACUAAAGACCAAGGGUACACGGUGAGCGACUGUACUGCAGAGGCGAUGAAGGCGAUAAUAAUGGUGAGAAACGAUGAAAGAUUUAAGGACAUCAAAGAUGUGAUUAAAGACGAUAACCUUUAUGAUGCCGUUGAAGUUUUGUUGCAAAUACAAAAUGUCGGUGAUUGGGAAUAUGGCCUGUUUUCUACUUAUGAGGGAAUCAAGUCGACAGUUUUGUUGGAGAAAUUGAAUCCAGCUGAAGUUUUCAACAACAUCAUGGUAGAAUACCCGUAUGUCGAAUGCACAGACUCUUCAGUCUUGGGUCUUACAUAUUUUCACAAAUAUUAUCCCGACUAUAAGCCGGAGGUGAUUCAGAAGACCAUCGAUAGUGCGAUGCAAUAUAUUGAAGGGGCACAAAGCAAAAUAGAUGGAUCGUGGUAUGGCUGCUGGGGAAUCUGUUAUACCUAUGCGUCGAUGUUUGCACUUGAAGCUUUCAAUAGCGUAGGGUUAAAUUAUGCAAACUCAGACCCAGUAAGAAAGGGGUGCGAUUUUCUUAUAUCCAAACAAUUGGCAGAUGGUGGGUGGUCAGAAUCAAUGAAAUCGUGUGAAACACAUACUUAUGUCAAUGGCGAAAAAUCACUUGUGGUUCAAACUGCAUGGGCAUUGAUAGGAUUGAUUUUGGCCGAGUACCCCGACGACGAACCUAUACGCAAGGGUAUUGAGUUGCUUAUGGACCGCCAAUUGCCUACCGGUGAGUGGAAGUUUGAAGAUGUUGAAGGUGUGUUUAACCAUAGCUGUGCUAUCGAGUACCCUUCAUAUAGAUUCCUAUUCCCAAUCAAGGCCCUAGGGUUGUAUGCGAAAAGAAAGAAUGGCAGCAAAGAGGAAAAGUAA